UCUUGGACUCUGGCUGAGUAAUAAAUUCCCCCGCACCAGAGUGUGGUCUUUCUUGAAACGUUCCUAGCUGGGAGGGUCUUCGUCGCUCUGCGUCCCGUGUUGCUCCUGCAGUUGGCGGUUUGCGCGCGGCCCGGAGCGAGGCCAGGCGGCCCCCGCUGGAGGCUCGCGUCGCCAUGGCCGCGGUUCCCGAGUUGCUGCAGCAGCAGGAGGAGGACCGCAGCAAGCUGAGAUCUGUAUCUGUGGACCUGAAUAUUGAUCCCUCGCUUCAGAUUGACAUACCUGAUGCACUCAGUGAGAGAGAUAAGGUCAAAUUUACAGUGCACACCAAGACCACGCUGCCCACGUUUCAGAGCCCAGAGUUUUCUGUUACAAGGCAACAUGAAGACUUUGUGUGGCUACAUGACACUCUUAUUGAAACUACAGACUAUGCUGGGCUUAUUAUUCCACCUGCUCCUACAAAGCCUGACUUUGAUGGCCCUCGAGAGAAGAUGCAGAAACUGGGAGAGGGUGAAGGGUCUAUGACCAAAGAAGAAUUUGCCAAGAUGAAGCAAGAGUUGGAAGCUGAAUAUCUUGCUGUCUUUAAGAAGACUGUGUCCUCCCAUGAAGUCUUUCUUCAGCGGCUCUCUUCUCACCCUGUUCUCAGUAAAGAUCGCAACUUUCAUGUUUUCCUGGAAUAUGAUCAGGAUCUAAGUGUUAGGCGGAAAAAUACCAAAGAGAUGUUUGGUGGCUUUUUCAAAAGUGUGGUGAAAAGUGCUGAUGAAGUCCUUUUUUCUGGAGUUAAGGAGGUAGAUGACUUCUUUGAGCAAGAGAAAAAUUUCCUCAUUAACUAUUAUAAUAGGAUCAAGGAUUCGUGUGCAAAAGCUGACAAAAUGACCAGAUCUCAUAAAAAUGUUGCAGAUGACUAUAUCCACACUGCAGCCUGUCUGCAUAGCCUGGCUUUAGAAGAGCCCACGGUCAUCAAAAAGUACCUAUUGAAGGUUGCCGAGCUUUUUGAAAAACUUAGGAAAGUAGAGAGUCGGGUCUCCUCAGAUGAAGAUUUAAAGCUGACGGAGCUCCUCCGAUACUACAUGCUGAACAUAGAGGCUGCAAAGGAUCUUUUAUACAGACGCACUAAAGCCCUCAUUGACUAUGAGAACUCAAACAAAGCCUUGGAUAAGGCCCGGUUAAAAAGCAGAGACGUCAAGCUGGCUGAAGCGCACCAGCAGGAAUGCUGCCAGAAAUUUGAACAGCUUUCUGAAUCUGCAAAAGAAGAACUAAUCAAUUUCAAACGAAAGAGAGUGGCAGCAUUUAGAAAGAAUCUAAUUGAAAUGUCUGAACUGGAAAUAAAGCAUGCCAGGAACAAUGUCUCCCUCUUGCAGAGCUGUAUUGACCUGUUCAAGAACAACUGAUCUGCCUCUUCUGAGUGAAGGAUGUGAAUGUGAAGAAAGCCAGCAUCACUUGCACUUAAAUCAUUGCCACAGAAGAUUUAUUACCUUUGACUUCAGUUUAAAAUUAUGUGAAUAAAUAUUUUGAUUUCUAAAAAUCUUUUUAACACUUAA